AUGGCUGAUGACUUGAAGUCUGUUGCUUUUCAGUUCCGCCGGCUUCACACUUGUUUUAUACAAACUGGUUGGCGCCGUUACAACAAAAAGAGACUCGAAGAAUCUCUUAGAGAAGAAGAGAAUAGAUUGCAAGAUGCUUUAGCCAAUGCUGGUGAGAGUUCACCAAGUCUGGGUGCAACUAUUUAUGCUUCACGGUUCGAUGCCAAUGCACUUCAUGCUUUACGGAAAAACCGUAGUCGUAAAGCAAGAGUGAUGGAGAGGGUUCCACCUAUGCUGCUUCAGAAGCCUGCAGAGGCUGAUUUUACUGCUGCAGAACAAUAGAAGGAUCUCUCUCUCAGAUGAAGAGCCUAAUUUUAUAUAAAAUGU